GGUGCGGCGGCAGGUAUGUGGCGUCAAGCCGUGCAGCAGGUGCCUGACCCUUUCUAAAUCUUUCCGGGCCAGUAGCGCGGGUGUCCACGGACUAACGCACCGAAGGGCCUUUCAAAGUAGGAGGUGAGAGAGAGAAAUGGAGCAUCCAGUGUGUUCAUAGAUACGCCAGCUCGUCUUUCACACAACGGGAAUGAUUCGUUCACUCAUACCGCGGCUGGGAUCGGCAGUUUGAAAAACUCGGCUUCAUGUUUGACAUGUAGAACACAAGAGUGGGCACAUAAUCUCUGGAUAUUAAAGAAAUACAGGUCCGGUUUCGAGCAUGGGGGCCUUUCUGUUAGCUACCAUCCUGCUGCUGGUCGGCUCCUCGAUGGGCCAAGACUGUGCUGACGACAACGGCGGCUGUGCUGGCUGGGCGGCAGAUGGAGAAUGUGACCUCAACCCCGGGUACAUGCUGACCAACUGUAGACUGAGCUGUGGGGAAUGUACCACAGACUGUGCUGACGACAACGCCGACUGUCCUGGCUGGGCGGCAGAUGGAGAAUGUGACAACAACCCCGGGUACAUGCUGACCAACUGUAGACUGAGCUGUGGGGAAUGUACCACAGGUCUGGACGCAGUGAUCCUGGGAGCGCCAACCACUGCAGCACCGAUCCCAACGUCUUACCCGGGAGUGCCCUGCGUAGACGAAGAUCAAAACUGCGCAGGGUGGGCAGCGGAGGGACAGUGCCAAACCAACCGGUACAGAAUGUACAGAACGUGCCGUGCUACGUGCGGGAUCUGCGACGGCUCCGUCGUUUGUGAAGACAUGUCGCCCUUCUGCCCGCUUUGGGCAAGCUACGGACGGUGUGGGUCGGGUUCGGAUGGAGAUUGGAUGCUGAACACUUGUCCAUUAAGCUGCGGGCUUUGUGAGUUUGACUGCUGGAGCUCUCCGUGCCAAAACGGAGGAACCUGUAAUGAACUGUACGGGCCAGACGGCUACAGCUGCUCUUGUGGGUAUUAUCCAGAACUUUACACUGGGAGGAACUGCGAAACAAAUAUCGACGACUGCCAGAACACACCUUUCGGGUCCAACACGCCUUGCUAUAACGGCGGGACGUGUGUGGACGGGCUGGACAGCUACAGCUGCCUGUGUCCACCGGGAACAUACGGGAGACUUUGCGACAGUGACUGUGUGGUGGGUGACGGGUCCAACUAUCGGGGAGACAUCAGGAUCGCCUCCGACGGCUGGUGGUGCGGGUACUGGUUCCAAGAAGGUAGCGAAGAAGGCUACAGCCCUGAGACCUUCCCCGAUGCCGGGCUGGACAGGAACUACUGCAGAAACCCGGACGGUUCCGCCGAGGGACCGUUCUGCAUCACUAAACUUCCUGGAGCAAAAACCGCAUGUGAAGUGGCGACUUGCGAUUGCUACGUGGACGGUACCACCUCAUACCGGGGCCAGGUGAACGUCACAGGGACAGGUCAGCAAUGCCUGGACUGGGCAGACGAAAUGGUCCAGCGUUCCUUGGGCUAUAUGGGCCUAUCGGAAGCUCAGAUUGCCGCUGCCGGGCUGGAUGGGAACUAUUGCCGAGACCCGACGGGGAGCGGCACGCUGGAGUGCUUCGUAGCCCCCGGCGGUGGAUUGUUUGGGAUAGUGCUUCAGGAAGCCUGCAGAAUCGACGAAUGUUCCACCCAGUACUACGUUCCCACCCCGGUGACCUGCUACAGCUGCGCGGCUGACGAGGACUGUGACCAGGACCAGGACGAUCUCGUGACCGGUGGCGGUCAGUCUCGCGAGACUCUGUGCGAGAACGGUGCAUGCUGGAUCAGCUGGAAGACCUCCACGGACGGGAAGUAUGGUGGCCACAUCCGUUCUUGCCAACAUGAGGACCUCGUGUGCACUCAGGAGUACAUGCAAGAAACCUGCACCGAGGACGGCAACACAAAGGAGUGUCUGAAGUGCUGUCAGGCGGACCGGUGUAACGGCGAACUGCUGCAGGGAAGUAUCAGCGCAGGCGCAAGGGCGUCCAUACCAAAUAUGGUCAUGUUGCUCGCGUUUCUCGCAGCAAUGUUCUGCUCAAGAUCAUGAAUCGUUUGCGACAACUUUUGUGGUGUUUUGGUUCCUUUUAGUAUUGUUUUCACAGAGAAGAGCCAGUAUUUAUGGUCGCUUGCUUCGACGUAUAAGCUACUAGCGUGGGGUCCUUAUCAUGAUUGUGUGUGGGAGGGCAACUUGUGAACGUGUUUACAUACACAACCGUUUUGUCAUUUCUUUCACAUUGUGAUGUAUUGAAAUGAAAUAAAUGAUAUUAUGAUUGUCAUAAUGGUUUCCUACGUGCAAAAUUAUAUUUCUAAUAUAAGCUAUUUCAAAGAGGAAUGAUUCUGUACAUAUGUUUGAGAGUUUAUUGCAUUGUCUACAACUCCUGUCUGUGAUGCAGUCAGUAUAAAUCUUUCAAUACAAUGUCUGAAUUAUAAACUGUUGGGUGUU